AUGGAUUAUCCGUACUACUCCGGUCCACAGUCCCAGCAGCCUUUUCCCCUGUACGGCCUCCAUGGGGGAUUGCCUGCUCCCGACCAGCACCUCCCAGCACCUCAUACGGACAAUCUCCAGGAUCCCUACGCUUCCCUAGGGACGCAGAUUUACCAAUCCUUCGACCCUUCGUUUCGCUUCCAACAGCCCGCUGGCCCUCCUCCUUUCGUCCACCCGCCGUACUCUCCACCCGAGUCCUUCUCCAAGCAUUCCGUUUCCAGCAAUGAGGCCCCAAGUCAUUUAACGAGACCAACUUCGGUCGACGGCGGGGAUGACCCGAUCACAGACCAGGGACUAGGGAGGAGCAGCAGUGACGAGAAAGAGAGCACAGCGCCGGCACAAACGAAGCGGAAGGCACAAAACCGAGCUGCCCAACGAGCGUUUCGGGAACGAAAGGAACGACAUGUACGUGAUCUCGAGGAGAAAGUCAGCCAUUUGAAAGAGGAGUCUAGCUCCCUGAUGGCAGACAAUGAACGACUACGACGGGAAUUGGCGAAAUUUACAACGGAAAAUGAGAUUUUGCGAGCCACAUCGAAUUCAUUCUCUCGCUCCAACAAUCCCGCGGACUCCGGGCCAAUAACCACUGGCCCUAUGAGGUACUCGCCUACGGACUUCUAUUCCAACAUUGUCCCGAACGGAGAACCGAUCCGCCGCCACCGGGCGUUGGCCUGCAGUGAAACGGGCGAGAAACUCCUGGAUGUCAGCUCGACCUGGGACCUUAUUCAAAGUCACGAGCUCUUCAAGCGGGGUCUGGUUGAUCUCAUGCAAGUCGCUGAGAAACUCAAAGGUCUAGCUCAAUGUGAUGGACAGGGACCUGCUUUCCGUGAGGGCCAUGUGCGCGAAGCUAUUGAAGAAAGUGCUGCAGGUGAUAACGAUGGAUUACUAUGA